UGUCGUGGAGGGGCUGAACACACGCGUCCUAUCUAAAUCCGCCAAUUUGAUAAGGGAACUGUGACCAGCUAGAUGGCAUGCAUAUUGCAUUCAACCGGGAUUUCACGUACAGAACAGUUGAUAAGCAAUAAGAGGUGAAAGAAACGAAUGAUGGUGUCCUGAGAGAGCUGUGAGGAGGCUGCUGGCUGAGAUCGCGUGGACGUCAAGAUGACGCCAUUCAUGCACUAUGCACUUUCUUUGUCCCUGCUUGUCCUGACGAAUCUCAUGCAACUAUCCCGACCUCAGAAACUAGACCACCAGUCCGACGUCACCAAGACAAACUUCCCUAUGCUCUUCUUUGAAGCACGUGACAUUGUAAAGUACCGCAUUGCAGCCAACACCACACACCAGGAUAUCACCAAAGACCUAAAAAGAGCGCGCGACGAUUUCCUCCAGAAACCGUCAUUAUUCAUUCCACCCGUCUCACAUGAGUUGUUCGGGUCCCGCUGGAAUGAGAGAUACGGGAACAAUCUGCCGGUAAUGGCGUUCUACUGCUUGCUGUAUCCGGAGGAUGAGAAGGCUUUCAAGUUCGUUGAGGUGUCCAUGGAUAGGAUGGCAAGUUACCCGAACUGGUUGGUCGCAUCUGCCCCGACGGACGAGGUCCCAGUCUCACAUUCACUGCUUGGAUUCGCAACCGCGUAUGACUUCUUAUUCCCGCGGUUUGGGCGCAAAAAGCAACAACUGUACACGAAUAAAAUUCUAACAGUGACGAAGGGGCUGUAUCAUGCGUCUUUUAGUCGCUGGUGGGGACAUAGCUACAUUCAAAAUCAUGUUGCCACCAACCUCUUGGCGCUGUUAGUUGGAGGUUUGGUCUCAAAGCCGCAUGACGCGAAGGCAAGUGUGUGGAUUAAGAGAGCCGUCGGGCAAUUUGAGAGGACGAUGUUCCUACUCAAUCAAGUCAAAGACGGGUCUCUGAAUGAGGCAGUGUCCUAUGGGUCUUACACGAUGCGCUCCUUGUCUCAGUACGCUCAUAUCGUGAGCAGACAUUUCGGAAUCUCACAUUUCCAGAGUCCAUGGCUGCAGGAGCAUUUCUGGUUUUAUUACGCCACGACUCUACCGGGAUACUACAGGAGUGUUGGGAUAGCGGACUCGUGCGCUGGUUGGUGGUAUGGCCCAGAGAGUCAGCUGGUCUUCCUUGACCGUUUCGUCAUGAGGAACGGGAGUGGGAAUUGGUUAGCUAAAGCUAUCAGGGAGAAUAAGGCGAAGCAUCCGUAUCUUCUACCGGGACCAAGUCAAAUGUAUUCAACACUCCACACAGAGUUCAUCUGGUAUGACCCUACUUUGGGAGCGACGCCUCCUCUCGCCCAUGGGGAAAAUACACUGCACGUUUUUUCCGACUGGGGCGUGGUAACCUAUGGUUACAGCACGGACCUCAGUCCCGUAUCUACAUUUCUGUCUUUCAAAUCUGGAAAGAAACAUGGGACAGCCGUGUACGACAUGGCCCACGGACUGACAAGACGCCCACCUUGGUUGAGCGAGGGAUGGCGCAACUUCAACCCGGGACAUGAACACCCUGAUCAGAACUCGUUCACAUUUUCUCCAAAUGGUGUACCAUUCAUAACAGAGGGUCUUUACGCAAAUAAGUUCACUUACUUGGAUAACGUUUUAAUGUUUCACCCCAGUGAUAGUAGUUCCUGCACGCCGUCAUGGGGAGGACAGGCCGGUGAUUGUGGUAAAUGGUUGGGCUUGCAGGACGAAGACUCCAAACAUGCACGAGGGGAGAUCCUAUCAGUGAAGCAGAAAGACAACACCGUCUACUUGGAGGGAGAGGCUGCCAAGUCCUAUCCAAGCAAGAUGGGAUUACUGAGCUGGCGGCGACACCUGGUCCUGCUGAACCCAGACGCUUUACUCGUCAUUGACAAUGUGAGGUUAACAAGAGGAAGCAACCUCACACAUGCUAGUGCUUUCUUUAACAAUUACCAAUACAAGUUCAAUAAAACCUUAGGAAAUGGUUUUCAUUUGAACUUGACAGAAGGAAGAUAUCAAGCAGUUUACACCACAGGGCAAGGUCAGACCCCCACGGUUCAUUUUUCGUACAUCCGAACAGAGGACUUCAGGAGGACAGUCUCGAAUGCCAAUGUGACAUUCGAACUUGAAGGCAACUCAACUUGGAUUGCAUUUGUACUAUCAUCUCCUAGAUUCAAGGCUUCGAACUUGCAUUUCAACUUGGUGGAUCCAAAGAAAGUUACAUUAAAACUAUCAUCAAGGAUAAAUUCAUACACUUUGAAUAUAGAGAGGGGAAAAUCUGACCUUCUCGGAAGUCAGUUUUCUGUGGAAGUGAGCACAACUUUUAGCAAGUUGUCGAAAAUAGGUCGGGGUUGUGACACACCUUUGGUGGCUAUUGUUGGCAUAAAUGUGACGUUGUUAUUGAUGGUUUGCCUUCUCUUUAGAAAGAGACGGUUCACAAUCAUCAGGUUGGUGUGUCUACUCAUUGUGUGCAUGUCUCAAGGUCUAAUUCUCACUUGCAAAUCGUGAAUAGAUUCAAACUACUACGGGCUUCUUGUUACUCAUCCAAGGCUUGUUUUCCUUUGUGAUCCAUGUUCUUUGGAGGCUCCUUCUCAGCCCAGCUGGGGACCAGAUGAGAUAGGGUCAUCAACACCAGUUCCUGACAAGUGUCUUCAUCACUUACUGAGAAUGUCUCUAUGACUAGACUACAUAUAUUCUUAUACUGUGUGGACGCUACUUUAAUAUCUAGAGAGCCUGUACAAAAGGCCUAUAUUACACGCUAUAGGCCUAUGUGAAACAGACGCACCAAAACCGGCUGAAUAAGUGUCAACAGUAUAUCAGUAGCCCACAUUUGAUUACCACUGCACCGGCUGUGGCAGGCUCCAUCGCUAUCAAAGGUGUAAUGUUAUGAAAGUAUGCGUAGGUAAUACAUGUAAGCCUCCAACAGCUAA